AUGGCUACUAGCUUUCUACAACAACAGGAAGAGAAGAGUGAGACUUUUUCUAAUACAGCUCUGUUUCAGAGUCUCAUUGGAGCGUUGUUGUAUAUCGCUGUGAACACACGCCCGGAUAUUGCUAUUGCAACGUUUAUUCUCGAACGACGUGUAACGAAAGAAACAUUAGAGGACUGGACCGAAAGAAACAAGGUGUUGCGCUACCUAAAAGGAACUAUGAACUAUGAGUUGCACCUAGACAGCGGAGAACAAUUGAAAUUCAAGUGCUUCGUUGAUGCUGAUGGGGCAGGCGAAGCUACUGAUCGUAAGUCCAACACUGGUUUCAUUUUCAAGCUGAGUGGCGGACAUCUUGGAUGUAGUUGCAGGAAGCAGAAACUAGUGGCGUUAUCCAGCACCGAAGCAGAGUACGUGGCACUUGCGGAGCGUCUCCAGGAGCUUUUGUGGCUAGGCAAACUGAUGGUGGAUCUUUCGGAACCACUGCCGCAACCGAUUGUGGUUUAUGAGGACAACCAGAGCUGCAUUGCAUCUCACAGCAGCCGAUAG